AUGUUGCUUGACACCAAAAUGUCACUUCAUUUCUCUGCCCAGGUGAUAUACCGAGCCCUGUCGCCGCCUUACGCAGCAGAGGACCCGUACAGCACCGAAGCCCAGGCGCAGCUGAAGAUCACCAACCUGCGGGUGCGGCUGGCGGGGGGGCAGAAACCGGCGGGCCCAGCCCCCCUGUCCCUGCAGCCCCCGCCGCCCCUGCACUACGCUGUCUACGACUUCAUCGUGAAGGGCAGCUGCUUCUGCAACGGCCACGCUGACCACUGCGUCCCCGUCGAUGGAUUCAAGCCCGUCAAGGCAGCCGGCGUUAUCCAUGUGGUCCAUGGGAAAUGCAUGUGCAAGCACAACACAGCAGGGUCCCACUGCCAGCACUGCGCCCCGCUCUACAAUGACCAGCCUUGGCAGGCUGCUGAUGGCAAAACCGGAGCCCCCAGAGAGUGUCAGUCGUGCAAAUGUAAUGGGCAUGCCGACACUUGUCACUUUGACAUGGAUGCGUGGCUGGCAUCGGGCAAUCGCAGCGGUGGCGUCUGUGACAACUGUCAGCACAACACUGAAGGGCAGCACUGCCAGCGCUGCAAGCCGGGCUUCUACCGGGACCUCAGGAAGCCCUUCUCUGCCCCGGAUGCCUGCAAACCCUGCUCCUGCCACCCCCUGGGAUCAGCCGCGCUGCCUCUGGGACCCCGCACCUUCUGUGACCCCAGCACUGGUGACUGCCCCUGCAAGCCCGGUGUGGCCGGGCCCCACUGCGACCACUGCCUCCCUGGUUACUGGGGCUUCGGUGCCUAUGGCUGGGGGGCCCACGACUGUGCCCGCAGCUGCGACCCCCACACUGGCGACUGCCUCAGCAGCAGCUCGGACGUGACCUGGCACCACGAAGUGCCUUCUUUCCACACAGCGCUCAACGAGACCGAGCCUGCCUGGGACUGGGAGGACGAGCAGGGCUUCUCAGCACUGCGGCAUUCCGGUAAAUGCGAAUGUAAAGAGCAAGUAUUAGGGAAUCCCAAGGUCUUCUGCGGGAUGAAGUACACCUAUGUGAUCAAGACGAAGAUCUUGUCAGCUCAUGACAAAGGCUCCCAUGCAGAAGUCAAUGUGAAGAUCAAGAAAGUACUGAAAUCUACAAAGCUAAAGAUCCUCCGGGGCAAGAGGACACUCUACCCUGAGUCCUGGACUAACAGAGGCUGCACUUGUCCCAUCCUUAAUCCUGGCUUGGAGUACCUCGUGGCAGGACACGAGGACGUGCGAACAGGCAGACUCAUCGUCAACAUGAAAAGUUUUGUCCACCAGUGGAAGUCGGCUCUCGGAAGAAGGGUCCUGGAGAUUUUGAAAAGAGACUGCAACUAGUGGUGCACAACCACCUAAGGGCAUUUCUUUAUGCACAAAAUGCAACAGCCUUCACAGAGAGAAGACCUCUAGGAUGAAAACUGGAAUGUAAGAAAAUAGUGCCAAAACAUGUAGCGAGGCAUUCAGAGCUGUAGGGGCUGUCUAAUCUCACCCUUCCUGGCCAAUGUUCUUUUACUCUCCUGUAGCUUCCUUGCCAGGGGCUCACCUGAGCCCAAUUCAUCGUUCUGUUGAGGGAAACAAAAGGAAGGGCAGAUGUUUGUCUCGCUCCAGCACCAUGUUGGAGCAAUGCCUAUGAAGCCACUGAUCGCCCUAGACUAAAUUGCCACCCUAGAGAGGGAAAGUGUGCCCACGAGCUGCAGCUGAGAAGCAAAACACCACUGCCAGUGCCACCAGUGUGGAUCCUGGGUGACUUCCAGAGGCACUCAGAGGUUGCUGUACAGAAAGCGAUGG